GAUCGGAUCGGAUCGGUUGGCCAUAGCCUCCCCGAAUAUAUGUGUAUAUAUACGCCGGAUUUUGGACUGCGAGUGCAGCGGAAAAACUGAAAAAUUAAGAAAAGUACUCGUGACUGGAAUUCCGCAUUUGUUUACCGUUGUGUGUUUGUGUUACUGAUACAUUUUGUGUGUUUUUUUCUGCUCUGGAAAAGGGAAAACAUUCGAGAUUGGAUCAACAAGAGCAGUGCGCCACCUACCGGCCACAGUGCGUCUCCAUCCUAUGAAUGUGUCCAAAACUUUGACGUAUCCGCCGGAAGCGCCUUAACUGGCCAUAACAAGUGCAAAGCCCAACAGGUGGAGAGACUCCCCAAAUCGAAGAGGGCAUUGCGUAUUGAGAAACAAACCAAAACUAUACACCAAGAAGACUUUUCCAGCAAUUAUCAUAGGGAAGGAACCAUUAUGUCUGUGGACAACCCCUAUUAUUUUUGCAAUGACACCAAGUCGCCGCGCACGCCGGACUCUCAGUCCUCCGGCCGUGGAUUCUCGAUCUUCAAGCGGCGGAACUCGAAGGGCAGCAGCCCCCGUCCGGUGGUAGUGACCAAUCCGGAGCAGAUGCGCCUGAUCACAUCCGCCAAUCUGGACUCGACGGCCACCAUGGCCUUUGGGAGUCCGCGCGGCAGCUUCAACUCCCUCGGCGGCUUUUCGCAACACUCAUUUGAAAUGCAACCGAUGCACUCGUACCGCCAGAGAUCUUCCAAUUCGCACUCUGAGUUCCGGGAACGCCUGGGUUCCUGCAACGAGACGCACAGCUCCCAGUGUCCCGGAGGAGGAGCUGGGGAUCACGACGAGGUCUUCAAUCCGCUGACAUCGCCAACAAGUAGCAAAUCCCAUCGCCAUCACACCCUGCCAAGUGGCGGAGCACGUCGUCAUUCCCUGGGAAACUGGGCCCAACAUCAGCAGCAUCAGCAGCAUCAGCACCAACAGCAAAACUCCGGAGCAAUGGGCCUGGGAUCUCCGGAUGAGGUGCCCAGCAUGAUGGCGCCCCGCCCACCGCUCCUCUCGCCCAACAAAUUCCGCGGCAGCUCCCAUCGACGAAGAGACAACUGCGGCAACGUGAACAACGCGAGUGGAGCGAUUGCAUCCGGCUUCCUGGGCUCCGGCUUCAACAUGGACGACAUCCUGAUCAUCACCGCCAAGCACAGCGAGCGCGCCUAUCUGCGGGCCACUUACCUGAAGAACCACUUCGACAAGAUCACCAAGCAGCGCGGACGAAAACCAUUCAAUUUUCUGCACAUCAAAAUUGACGAUGGUCCCUUCAGCGAGGAGAUUGCCCAAAAGUACCAGAACACAGCGCUGCAGAUCGUGAUCCUGUGUCCCGCCCUGCUGGCGCUCCCCCACAGUUUCCUGAUGACCCAGCUGUCGGCCAUCAUUCGGGUGGAGAAGGUGCUGGCCAUCCUGCUGGACGUGGCCGAGGAGAAGGUGAAGGAGAUGCACAAGUCGGCGCUGCCCAGCUACUACAAGUGGCGGCGCUGUGUGGUGCGGGACAACGACCAGGUGCAGAUCAGCAACAUCCUGGGCAUAGCCACCGAUAUCCUGGGACGAGCCCUGUGCCAGCGACCGCCCUGCCAGGACAACUCUGGCGGAGGAGGCGGUGGCGGCCUGUCGCGCAGCUUCUCCAGCUGCACCGAGGGCUUUACUGUGCUGCCCAAGAAGGUGAAGCUGGGCCAGAACAAGGUGGUGGCCUUGCUGGCCGAUCCGCUGGAGAAGAACGACACGCUGAAGCUACUGGUGGAGAAGUCCGGCGAACUGAUCGAGCUGCGCAACUUCAAGUGCCGCAAUCCCUACACCCUGCAGUUCUCCAUACCCGAAGCCUGCAUGGAGAUCUCCACCAUGAUCGAGAUCCGGAUCGAGAAGAACAACAAGAGUCUGGGUGCCAGGCCCAUCAAGUGCGAAAGUCGUCUGCGGGAGCUGGAACAGCUUCUACGCAUCGAGGACUGCCCGAUUGAGUUUAUGUGCCAUGCCCUGGGCAUCGGACCUGUGGAGCGGGAUGCCCUCGACCAGCACUUGCUGCAGUGCUUCCAGCGAAACAUGCCGCCCAAUUUCCACCUGCUGAGCGGUCCCAGCGAGCGGCAGCCGCACUUCUUCACCCGGCUGGAGUCCAGUCCGGAGGAGUAUCCCACCCUGCUGCACUUUGCCGCCCGGUGGGGCCUCAAUCGCCUGUGCAUCCAGCUGAUGGAAUGCCCCGGUGGCGACACCGCCUGCGGCGUGAGAAAUUGCGCCGGACGCACUCCCGCGGAGUUGGCCGAGCAGGAGGGCCACAGCAAGCUGGCCCAGAACAUUGUCAGCUUCGCGGAGUUCCACGAACUGACCACCAUGUACCACUACUUCAAGGGGGUGACUCCGCCGGGCGACGCUAGCCCCAGGCCCAGUGCCAAUGUGGUGAUCGAGGCCCAUCCCGGCAAGGGAAAGUCCAACAAGCCGCCAAAGCAACUGCCCUCGGCGGAGUACAUGGAGAUGUCCAGCGGCUCGGAGCGCGAGAACACACCCGAAGUGAGGCCCAAAACGGAGACCCUUGCUGUCUCGAAUCUCAACUACAUAAGUGUGGAAACGGAGGAUGAAAAUCUGCAGGCUUCCGUGGCCGAAAAGAAGGUGGAGUCCGAGAAGAAACUGCCCGAAGCAGGCGCUCAACCGGGACCCGAAAAGACCACCAACGAGUUGAGGAUCAACGAGCCACCCUACUACCAGUCCAAAGAGCAGAAUCACCAGCCAAGGGAGCCGAUCAAAUCCCUGGACGAAGUGGAUGCUGCACCACUCUACCAGACCGACAAAUUCAGCCAGGAGUGCUCGCAGCUGCUGGAGAACCAGCUGGGCAACGACUACGUGCUGCAGCCCUCCAAUGUGCCAGUGGUCCAGGACGAUGGCAACUACCUGUUCCAGCCCUCGAACCGACCCGUUGAGGAGCCCCUCCGGCUGGGCCGCUGCACCGCCCGACAGCCCGGCUAUGGGACCCUCAAGCGCAGUGCCAGCGACGCCUCCGCCGCCAGUCACAGCCGAUCCAAUGCCGACGACGAGCUGGCCGAGAUCAUGCACGACUUCAAGAACAACGUGCUCUCCAUCCGCGAUGUGGAGCUGCUAGUGGAGCGCUGGAAGCACCGCAACGAUGUGCAACAGAGCUUCCGGGAGAAGCAGGAUCAGAUCGACCAGCUGCGUCGCGAGUACGAGCGCAUCCAGGAGCAGGUGAAGUCGCACCUGAAGCGCGAAACGCCCUUCGAGCGCAUCAAGAAGUUCUUCUCGCGUUCGAAGACGCCGGGUGGCAACGACAGCCUGCUGGACGAGACCAAGUCCUCGAUAGCCACCAGCUGUAGCUUUAAGUCGGGUGGCGGCGUGAGCUCCACCGUGGGUGCAGGACGUCCCAUUAGCUCGCUGAGUUUGCAGAGUGUGUCCAGUUCGAGUUCCUCGUCCGGCAGACUGAGCACCGGCAGCAAUUGCAGUGGCGCCUCGCUGGGCGACUCGGGCACCCACUCGGAUCACGAGGAUCGCCGCUUCCCGCACUGCCGCAUGAUGGACAACUACUUGGUGCCGCCGCCACCGAGACCCGUCUUCACGCCCAGCUCAACGCCCGGUGACGAGCGCCACCAGAUUGUGUUCCCCUCGCCCAUGUCCAGUUGCCAGCGUUUGAACACACCCACCAGUCCCACAGGAUCCGAGCACUACCAGAUGUUCCCCUCGAAUAUCCCGGUGUACGGCAGCCAGCCGCUGGCCAGUUCCCAGAGCAGCAGCUACCUGAACACCAUCGUGGAGGCCAAGGAACAGGCGGAGACGCAGCACUACCAGAACCAGAGCGGCGUCACCCUGCAGCCCAUCAAGCUGAACGAGCGGUCGAACAUCAUAUACGGCAAGCUGACCAAGAGCAGCUCGGCCAGCGGAUGCAGCUCCUUCAAGCCCAAGCAGAUCCCAGUGCCCUGUCCCCAGGUGGGCAGCAUCGAGGUCCAGGCGGAGGUCUACCAAAACGUGGGCGACAUGGCCCCCGAGAAGGAGUCCAAGGCAGAGGAGGCGACGCCGAACUACAUGAACUGCUAGGCCAUCCAAAACGACAUGCAUCGAAAUCGAAAGAUUCGAAAGAAAGUUUAAGUGGAAAAAUAACAUAUAAAUUCCAAUUUUGCCGAAUUGUGAUCGGAAUUGGAAUCUUUGAUAUUUGUUUAGUCUGUAAGCUCAUCCAUUUGCAUACCAAAUGAAAGGAUGAAAUGAGUAUGAACUAGUUAUCGGUAUACUAAUUAACUUCGUAAGUUGUUCGAAAGUGAUUCUUAGGCCUUUGAAGUUUUGAAAAAACAGAAUUUGAAGUUUUAAUGCUGCAGAGGUCAUAAGAUCACCUACGAUUAUUUGUAUUAUCUCUGUAGUCUUCGGUUUCAGCAUCUAAUUGUACAUUUGUGAAACGAUUGCAAGCAACCAAAUCAACAUAUCGCUAGCCACUAAGUUUAGAUCCUAAAUCGAUACAAACGAACCAAGCAGCUGACAUAUAAAACUCAAUUCAUCCAACUCUAGGAAUAACACAUUUAGCGCUAAGAUACCCACCUUUGGCAUGCCGUUAAGCAUGAAAAACUCGUUCAUUCUACGCUCUUCACCCCACAAAGUUAAAUGCAAUAAAUUUUUUUAUAUAUAAGCAAA